AUGGUCAAUGGCGUGGCUACCACCGAAGCUUUUGCAGCUAUCAAGUGUAUCUGUUUCCCACACGAGUCCAAGUAUAACGAACAUCGAAUCGGGCGUGUCGUCGACGAAAAGAAUCCCGACGUUACACUCAUGCUAAAGUGCACAAACCUGGACACUAUAGCCAUGGUGUUCAAUUGCCGCCAGCUUAUGAAAGCUCCGUGGGCCCCACAACCGCGAGAUUUGGAAGACUUCCUGGACUUCUUCCAUUUCGAGCCGAUGCUUGAACACAACAGCGUGAAUAACGUGUAUCUCGAGGGAGUCUAUCCAAGGGAAGGCGAGGGGCAAACCAUGACCUGCUUGUACGAGUUCGGCAAGUGGCUCAUCAAGGGUUUCAGGAAGCGGGGUCGAGAAGUAAGUGUGCAUGUACACAAGAGGUGCGGAGUGUUCGUGAAGAGGAGUGUGGGGCCGAAGCUUGUAGUAGACGAGGGAUCAGCAGAGGCUGGUCAGAAAUAG